AUGACAAUAGGAAACACCGGUGAACAACCAAGAACAUGGGGAAACAGAGACUCUAAAACCUUUGCACAGGCUCUGGCUGGGAACCGGGAAUGGGUACCGCUAUUCAAGAAGCCUCCAGUUGUGCUAAACACCAGAACAUACAUGAGUGAUUGGAUCAAGAAAAAGGUGUUGGCAGGGGAAGCGCAUAGUUUCGAUCAUAUCGGCAUGAUGCAUGUCACGAACAUUGUAAACGAAGAAACCAAAUACCUCGGUGGACUGCAUGUAGCCAUUGAGUUGAACAGAUCUGUCAGUGCGAUGGAAUUCCUUGAAGGCAACACUAGAUGGAAAGAUUGGUUUAAAUGGCUCAUUCGUGCAGAACAACAGGAACUACAAUACGAAAGUACAGCGUGGCUGAAAAUACUGGGAGUUCCUUUAACAUUGUGGGAUGAAGAUAAUUUCUCCAACAUAGCAAGACGCUAUGGAAGGAUAAUAAGCCCCUUUGACAACAUAUCAAACAGAAGGGAUUACUCCACGGGCAAAGUGGGAGUAAUUACUUCAGUAAGAAGGUCUUAG